AUGGUCGCUGUUGCUGCUAUCAUUGUCCUUGCGUUUGCCGUGAGUGGCCGCGCAAGCUCAUCGCUGAUUGAAGUCAAUCGCAGGCGGCAUUCCUACUUGCUGGGUGAGAGGUUUGGCAUCAAGUCUAACUCAAUGAUCAGCUAUGAAGGCGUAUACUUUGGCUACGCUCCCAACUGGAGCCCGCGCGUCACCAUGGCUGAACUCAACGAAGCAACAGGUCAGAGGGGCGCAACGUAUAAUGUCUACUCGCAGAUCACUCAAGAGAAUGUGGACUCGGGGUCGUACGACGGCAACUAUCAAUAUCGUGUGGACGAUAUCAUCUCUUCAGGCGCUGUUCUGAUCGCGUCGCUGAUGCCAAAAGUGAACUGGGAGGAUAUCACUCCUCAACUCUGUGAUUCCAUCGCGGCUUAUUUCAAUGAAACCUUUACAAGCCAGGGUCUCACUGUUUGGCUGCGAUACGCGCAUGAGAUGAACUACUACGCCGAUCCUAAUGUCGAGGUUUACCCUGGCGGACGUGACUACGAUGCGUUCAAACAAUCCUGGAGAACUCUCUACGACGCCACAAGGCCCAACAACCAAAUCCACAUGUUCUGGUCCCCGAACAAAGACACAGACACGGAACCCGCGGCCCCUUGGUGGCCCGGCAGCGAGUACGUCGACAUUGUCGGCAUGGACUAUUACCCGGAAGCAGAUGAUCUCCCCGACUUUGGCACGGCUUACGGUCAAUUCUACGACACCUAUGCGAAAGGCUAUGGUCUACCAUUUGCCAUCGCGGAGACCGGCACUCAACUGAAUGGCAGUGCCGCUUCAACCGAAAAGAAAGAGCAGUGGUUGAAGAACGUGAUCAAUCCGGCCAAGGGGUUUGGUGAAUACGCCCAAUGGUAUUUCAGUUGCACUUGGUUUGAGUAUGGCCCUCCUGCGAAUGAGAUUGACUUCUAUGUCGUGUACAACCAGACAGCGGAGGUCAUUGAGAAGACGAUUUCCAAUACGGAGAGUGGCGCAUAG